AGCAGGUUGCAUCAAGUCUCUCCAAGCAGCAUUCACUCCUCCUGAAAGAGCGUAGAGCCACAGUGGACAGUCGUCUACAUUGAGUCGUUGACUUUGGAGCAAAGUAGGAGGAGACACUCCAGGAUUGUCUGGCAGUUUAAAACCAGCCGGUCAGCAUGAGUCCAAAACACGUCGUCUUCAAGAAGGUGUCCAAAGACAAGUCGGUGGCCAUCUACAUGGCUAAGAGAGAUUUCGUGGACCACUGUGACUUUGUGGACCCAGUCGAUGGCGUAAUCGUGAUCGACCCAGUGCAGCUGAAAGGAAAGAAAGUUUAUGUGAUGCUGUCGUGCACGUUUCGAUACGGUCGGCAGGAUAUGGAUGUGAUGGGCGUGGCCUUCAGGAGGGAUCUGUUCGUGGUGACCCGACAGGUUUACCCAGAGAUGCAGGACAAAGAAAAGCUGACCCACACCAAGGUCCAGCAAAAGCUGCUGCACAAGCUGGGCGACAACGCCUAUCCUUUCUUCUUUGAGUUUCCUGACAACCUGCCAUGCUCCAUCAGUCUGCAGCCCAGUCCAAAUGACGUAGGAAAGAAAUGUGCGGUGGAGUUUGAGGUGAAGGCGUUCUGUGGGGAGACUCAGGACGAGAAGAUCGACAAACAGAGCUCCGUUCGUCUCACCAUCCGGAAGAUCCAGUUCAGCCCAGAGAACACUGAAGUGGCUCCAUUCGCAGACAUGACCUUUGAGUUUGUGAUGUCUGAGAAACCUCUGCACGUCAAGCUCAGCCUUCCCAAAGAGACGUUUUACCACGGAGAACCGGUCAAAGCCAACGUUGAAAUCACUAACUCGUCUAGCAGGAACAUCAAAGACAUCAGUUUGUCAGUGGAGCAGGUAACCAAUGUGGUGCUUUACUCCAACGACAAAUACGUGAAAUCUGUGGCCAAAGAAGAGACCGAUGAUUCAGUUCCCUCCGGUACCACACUGAAGAAGGAGUACACCCUCUACCCUCUGCUGGCGUACAACAAGGACCGCAGAGGAAUCGCUCUUGACGGACGACUCAAACACGAGGACACCAACCUGGCUUCGUCCAGCAUCGUGAAGCAGGAGGUGCUGAAGGAGGUUCAGGGGAUGCUGGUCUCCUACAAGGUGGUACUGAAGAUGAUGGCCUCCGGGGCGGUGGGAUCCAGUGAGGUCUCUGUGGAGGUUCCCUUCAAACUGAUGAAUCCAAAAUCAGAACCAGCCAAGGAGAGUGAACCCGAUGACAUGGUGUUCGAAGAAUUUAAGAGGGUCUACCUGAAGGGCGUGGUCUACGGAGAUGACGACGAGUCUCCAACUGAGGCCUGAACUACAAAGAUGGCUGCCGGCAUUGACGGUUCAGUUCUCCCUCUGCAGAUGAAUAGCCCUUCAGAACCGCACACGAUGACCCCGGGAGAUGUUUGUCGUUAAGAGUCUGAUGGCGCCCGUAGUUGUUCACCUCUGACAGGUCCCCUGUGGAGAUGGAGGUGUCAUAGCUGAAGUGCGUAGAAUCGGUUCUGUAGCUGCUAGCGAGUCAGCAACAAACCACAGAGUUCAUUUUGUGGUUUUCAACUGUUCUCUUAUUAAAAAAAAAAAAAAUUCCUAAA